ACAGAAGCGAGACAAGGCGAUUUGUUGUGGCUUUUGCGACGCGCUUAAUCAUUGCUGUUUACAAAACGUCUCUCCCGUUGACAAAAUCACUUACAAAUCAGCUGUUUUCCAUUCUUCCACAUGGUUUAGCACAGCACAAAGUGCAGAACAACAGCGCAAUCCCCAUCAUAAACUUACGCACAAGGCAGUAGUGGUCGCUACCAAAGAAGAUGUGUAAAUAUUUAGUGCUUGUUUUCGUUUGCUUGCUAAAGUUUGCCAUCGCGGACCAGUGCAAACGCGUCGGCGAUUGUGCGUGCGAAUUCUUCGACGGUACCGGCAUUAAUCUAAAACCGAUCAUAGAUAUUGGGGCCCAACCGUUGCACACAAAUGUAUCCAACGGGGAUGCCUACUACUUUAGCCCCUGCCAGGAUAUAUCCUACACGAUGGAUGACAACAAAACGAACGUAACCAACGUGGAUUGCAAGAAAGGAUACACGCUUUGCAAGUAUGAUGCGACAAACAAUACAUUGGUACGGUUAGGCGAGCUAAAGGAAACGCAGUUUACCUCUGACGAUGGGCUUUAUCUCACCUAUAUCAAACCGAACCAUAGUAUUACACAUGUAAAAUUGGUUUGUACAACCGAUAAGAAGUCGUUCUUUUACCCGGAUUCCAUCGCAAAUGUCACAACGCAUCUGUUGCUUUUCUCCCCGUACGCAUGUCCCGUCGUAAUGGAAGAUUUCAGCAAACCAAGCACCGGCACGGUACUGCUGAUAAUGCUAUUCGUCGUCCUUGUGUCGUACUUCGUCAUUGGAACAACGGUGAACGCGUUCUAUCUCGGGGCACGGGGAAUGGAGAUCGUACCACAUUUGGAUUUCUGGCGCGGAUUGCCCGGCCUUGUGCGGGACGGUGCCCAGUUUCUACAGAACGGCUGCAGGGUCACCAAUCGAACACCGGAUCCUGAUUCGUACGACGCCAUAUAAGAGAAACCCUCUUCCGUACCGAAACGCGAUUUCUUUCCCAGUGCUGUGUUUCUAACCGACUGAACGCUGCUACUUCUUUUCGUUACAGCAAAAGAUCAAACCAACCAUGGACAGACCGGGUCUCCGGAAUGCACAUCCCUGCGAUUUUGUGGUGUGUAUUAAGGGGAUUAGAAAAUGUCUUUAUUUAAACAGCUAAUGUGUGUUAUGAAUAAAUUCUAAAUUCAGCAGUACGCCCGCUAGUGAGUACUGCACGAAACUAA